AGCAUAAGAAAAGUAAUAACAAUUGUCACCACGGCGUUCCGUACAGCAGCUGCACGUGGAGCCGGCUUCUCCUCCGGCCCACACGGCUCGCAGCCUCCCCUACAGUCCACAGAGCGGCGGAGGAAGGCGAGAGGGCUCCGCGCGCCCGGCGCAGUGGGCGGGGUCGGCCCCUCCCGGCGCCCCGCGCCCCGCCUGUCUCGCCCCCGCGCCUGCGCGUCCGGUGGCAGGGCGGCUCCGCGGACCCGGGUGAGGUGUGUCUCCGGGUGUGUCUCACUGGCCUCCUAGAGGGUGGGGCUCCCUGAUGCUUCCUCAGGAACAGCCUCCUGCAGGAAGACCAGCGACCUCGCGGGACCUUUACCUCUCUGCCUGAAUUCCGAGGAAAAGGAGAUGGGAGACGAAAAGCCGGUUGGUGUGGGAAGCGGCUGUUUUUGUAAAGGGUAGUGUGAGAGUCCAGCACUUCCAGGCAGCUCUUUGGAUACUACGGAAGGGAGAUUUCCAGCAUCGAGUGGAACGUACGACCAUGGAGUACGCCUUGAGCGCUUGUGUGCAGUUAUCUUUUGGCGGUAAACGGCCCAUUUGUGCAGUUCCAGGGUGUUCAAUGGAAUAGUGCCGUGCCAGGCACUUUUGAUGUUGCCCUGCAAACUAAACGCACAUUUUUUGGGGUGCAUCUUUUCACAUCAUUUCUAAACAGUAUGAGUUGGGAUCCAGCAGUCCUGGGAAAUUUCAUUCUAGUGAAACCCAUCUUAUUUUAGGAUUGAAUGGUUUUGGCUUAAGCACAGUGGUUGAAAAACCAUUAUAGAAAGAAAGCUUGUAUGUGAAUGGUUAGAUAUGGUGGGUCUUCAGAAGCUUAUGUAACGAAGGGAUCUUCUACAGAUUUCUGACCAGAUUCUCUUUCUACAUUUGUAGUGAUAACAUUUUCAAGGGAGAGAAAAAAAAAAGUCAUUUUGACUAUUCUGAAAAAUCAAUAUUUACUAGAGGAAGUAGCAUUGGCAAGUUGAACUUGGUACUAACAUGGAAAAUUGUAGAAUGAUCCUGGGUAGUAAUAUACAUAUUUUAAACACUCUGUGUUUACUUAUAUCCCUAAAUUUUAACUGGAUUAUUUCUAUUAAUGGAAGUUUUAAAGAAUUGUUUUCUUACUCUUUUUUUUUUCCAUAAAGCAAUUCUGCUUGGAAUCAGUAAAGUAUUGGUACAGAACGAUUUUCAUUAAGAUGUAUUCUAAAUUCUAAUUAUUUUUCAGCAACAAUUCAAACGUAUUCAAAACCUUUUCAAUUCUCACUUAAACCAAGGAUUAUGAAAAACAACGCUUAUUAUUCAUGAAAAUGAAAAAGCCCCCUCUACUUCUUCGAAGACCCUUACCUCCAAAAUUCACUAAGCCGACUUUACAUAAAAAAAAAACCCGUACAGCCAAAACUGGUAAAACUGAACCACUGCAUGUAGCAUUCACUGAAGAUGAAACCAUUAAAACAGAUAAAACUCAUUCUUCUGAUGUUUUAAGAAAUCAAUCAGUAACACCUAUCAUCCAAAAUAUCUUUCUUGAGCAUUCUGUACAAGAAAGAGUAACUACAAUUUUAUCACCCCAAAAAUCUACUAAGCGUGUCUGCUGGAAGAUUCCAGAUACUGCUACUGGUUCCGUAUUUUUUCCAAGUUGUCCUUCAGCUUCUACUCGAGUUUUUGGGAAAAAAACAAACAAAAUGGAAAGUUCAAGAAAGUUGAAAACUAUGAAAGAUGUUUAUACUGAAAAAAGGCUAGAAAACAUUUUAGUUCUUUCUUCAGAGUUCUCCAAACCUAAAAGUAUUCCUGGCCCAGUUAUCACUCACAAAUUGGAGAAAGUGCACCCUAAGUAUCAACCUUUACCAAAGAGUCCAGGCUAUACUUAUCGGCAUACUCCGAGAGAUUUAAGAGCAACAGUGCCAAGCCCUCCACCUCGGACUGUAUCUACUACAAAGCCAGAAGAACAGUCUGAACAGUUUAAACCAACUGCUACAUUGGCACUAAGAGUUACUGAAUUUCCAGGUUUUAUUUCCUUGCCAACACCAACUUUGCCAAGAAAACCUCAAAGACAGUCUGUGAUAGAAACUCUUGCGACAGAAAAUGAAAAUGUAGAAAGUACCCCAAAGCAAAUCUCACCAAGACCACCUGAAGGUCCCACCAGUACUAAAAAAAUAGAAUCAGAGGUACAUGUUGUACGUGGUGAAGGUUUUAAGACUGUUGCAGCAACACGGUAUGAAACAAUAACAGCCAUGACCAACCUGGCCAUAGUAAACUGUCAAGUAUAUGGAAGAAAUGCACUUAAUCUUAAGGGCUUUUUUAUCCUAAAUUGUCCAGACUUAACACCUUUGGCUUCGCAGUUGAUAUAUCUUAAUUUAUCAUUUAAUGAUCUUCGUUACUUUCCCACAGAAAUAUUGUGUCUUAAAUAUUUACAAAUACUGAAAUUGAGAAAUAAUCCUAUCAAAGAAAUUCCUUCUGAAAUUCAACAACUUAAGUUCCUUAGAAUUUUCACCAUUGCCUUUAAUUUAAUUACUGUUCUUCCACCUGGGUUAUUUUCCUUGUCUUUUCUUGAAGAACUUGAUGUUUCCUACAAUGAACUUACUUUUAUUCCAAAUGAAAUCCAGAAACUCAGAUCACUUGAAAAACUGACUGUUGAUGGAAAUGAACUGAGUUUUUUCCCACAUGGAAUUUUGGAGCUUAACCUGACAAAAAUUCAGUUUGAGAAUAAUUUCACUCAUCCUUGUUUUUGGAGAGAGAAUUCUUUGAAUAAUCCACAACAACUUACUCAUAUUAUUUCUUUGUUCAUUGUCAAAAAUCAAUUACAUACAUUUUAUGAUACGAUCCCAGUAGAAGUUCAGAAGUUACUAAAAUGCACCUCCAAGUGUGAAUGGUGUCAUGGUCCCAAGUUUGGUGAAGGUUUUCGUGUCAUUCGAUCCUGUGAUAUUUUUGGAGCACCACAGCUUCCUGUUAUGUUUUAUGUCUGUUCUUCUUCCUGCUAUAGAAUAAUAAAGGAAAGUAGUUUUGUUUUAGGCGGUAGUCCUAGUAGAAAAAUAGCACUAGAUGUGGAGUUGUCAAAAGAAUUGUAGUACAAUGAUUUAUCAUAUAUAUACAUAUAUAUAUUUACACAUAUAUAUGAACUUUACUGGCUUUUACUACAUAUAUAUCUACAUAUAAUAAUUCAUCUCUUUGAAAGUACAGGUUGUUUGGAAGACAUGUGUCUUCUCAUAUGAAUUCUCUUUGUAAUUCUAGCUCCUUAUGAAAGUUUGUGAUUGUUAGGUAACUGUUGCAGAAUAAUUACUCAAGGAGGAUUAGUAAAGCCUUUAGAUUUAAAUAGAGAUCUGGAAAAUUUCAGAACCUGUUUACUAUAAAAGGAAAAAUGUUAAAAUCCCUUGCAAAAUGGAUUAUAUCUAACUGGCCUUUUCAUGCAUCCAUACUAAGUGAUAAGAUACCACUGCAGAGUCCUCAGUGGGGUUUGUGCUGCAUACAGCUGCAAGGUCAUACAUCCACGUUCUCAAUGCUUGUGCAUUUCUGUGGGAAUCUGUCCAGUGCCUACCAUCUCAAUUGUAGGUUGUUUUGGGGAAUAAAAUAUUAAUUCUAUCCCCAUUUAUUUGUUUGAAUUAAUUUCCCAAGUUUUUAGAGAACUGGUACAGUCUUUAAUUGUUACCUUGAACUUCAUUUCCUAAAGCAGAGAAACUGGACAUUUGCCUGCUUCCAUAGGCUAGCACCAGUGUCUACCAAGGCCUACAGUGAUAGCCUGACAGGAAAAUAAAGUACAACUUACAAAAUAACAUUGCAAAGCAGCAUAUGCAUACAGUAAAACUUGCUUUAAGAAUUAACAUUUGGUAAGAGAAAGAUAAAAGAUCAUUUUGAUAUACAAACAACUUUAGAAUGGCAUAGAAUUGUUUAAUGUAACUUUUACAUGCAGUUCACUCAAAUCUCAAAUAUCAUUGCCAGUUAAAUUUGGUGAUAUGAAAUGAUUUAAAAUUACACAGCUAUCUUUAGAGAAUGUCAGAAAAUAUACAUUAUGUCAUGUUUGUGUGUAUCAUUUUGUGAUAUCAUUUAAAUAAAGAUAAAUCAGGCAAAAUAAUUUUUCUGACUAUUGAUUUCAAUAAAUUGUGAUGCUUACACACUUUUCCUUGAGACUCUGUUUCAUUUUUAAGCAGAACCAGGUGAACUUUGCUGAGCUUGAGAAGUAUACACUGUAUUCUCCAGCACAAGAUUAAAAUUAUUUAUAAUGAAAGAAGUAACUACCAUAUUACACAUGUAAUACAGAAAGGUAUAUUUAUAGUAUGGUAAGUUAAUUCAUUAAAAUGUAAUACACUCAGAAAACAAGAUGAAAAAAUAAUUCUAACUCCCUGUGGCAUAUAGCUUAUUAAUACUCACACUUGUUCCUCAAAUAUUUCUUGGGGAAAGAAGAAUGUUUACUUAUUCAAAACAUGUUGGGUUUGGGUUUAACUGAGUAGUUUUACAUUGACAUAGGAAAUAAAAAAGAAUAGCUUUCAAGGGAAAUGACAAAUUCUGAGAGACAUUUCAAAACAAAUAAACCUAGAUACUUGGACAAAUAUGAAAUAUACUUAGAACCCAAUCUCUUCAUGCUUAGUAUAAACCUUGAAUCUGAGGGAUCUUUUACAGAUCUUCCAAAAAAAGUAACUUAUAGUAUUUUUGAAUGGAAGUAAGACAUAUUUAUUAUAGAAAUAUUAGAAAAUACAACUAAACCUAAGAAGAAAUCAAAAUCCUCCUUGUAAUGCCGCUGUAACUCAGUAAUCCGCUGCUUACAGAGUCUGAAUAACAAGAGCAAGGUUUGUUGGAAAGUGACUUUAUUCAAGACCUACCUGAGGGGAAGUAGUACAGACUCCUGCCUUUAGAUACCACUUCAGCCUUCAGGGCAGAAGACAAGGGCUUUUUAAGAGGUGAUAGGGGAAGAGGUGCAGGGUCUGUGUGACUUGGUUC